AAAUUUUUUUGUUCGAAUUAAUAUUCCUGCAGUUCAGUCCGGAGUUGCACUUUCCACUUCCGUGUAGUUUGCCCGGGAAGCAUUUCCUCAAGGUUUAUCCGAACGAGCAACCUGUUAUCAAAGAAGCGCCGAGACGAGCUGCGUUAGUCAUGUCGGUCAAUAUGAUGUCUACCAAUGGCACAUCCCCUCUUUGGUUUCUUGAUGUAUGUGACGGCAGGUUCUAUUUCCAAGUUGACGUGGAUGGACUAGAUGGGGCUGUGAGAGAGGACUCUUUCAGAAAGUCACAGUGCAUUUCCUAUUUGAUCCAAAAUAAGGACAACAAAUAUCUACUUUUAGGGGACAACAGCCAAUUUGAAGUCCAACACUUAACUAUCCAGAAGAAAAGCUUGCCUGCUUCCCAAUUCAACGUUCAGUUUUACAAUGAAUCUGGCCUGAAGGUCAGGAAGGGCUUGGCUGUCAUGCUGUAUGCUAAUAAAAAUGGCAGUAAGAUGGUGGUUUGCUGUAGUGACAAGCGAGAAAUUUACCCACAGGCAAUGGAUCUUCCGGCGAGAGGCGGGGUACACCCUGAACCGGUCGCCAGCCAAUCACAGGGCACAUAUAAACAAACACCCAUUCACACCUACGGGCAAUUUAGAGCUUUCAAUCAACCUACCACGCAUGUUUUAUGGAAUGUGGGAGGAAACUCGAGUGCCCGGAGAAAACUCACCCAGGCACGGGGAGUACAUGCAAACUCCACACACGCGGUGCCCGGAUUUGAACCCCGGUCCCCAGAACUGUGAAGCAGAUGUUCUAACCAGUCGGCAAAUUAGCCACGUAUUUGCUUAAUUUAUAUCACUUAAUUUCACCAUUUUUCACACUAAAUAUAUUUCCAAAGGUGCUAUUGUCAUGAAAUUUUCACCAGAUGUUCGGAACAACCCAAGUAAUCCAUACAUACAAAGAAAGUAGAACAAAUAAGAUCAGAAAUGAAGUUGUGUGGAAUAAUGUGAAAUGACACAAGGAAAAAGUAUUGAACACAUGAAGAAGGGGAAGUGCAAAAAGGCAUGGAAAGCCAAGACAACACCUAAAAUCUAUCAGUAAUUAAACAGCACUCCAGCCCCUUGUCAGUGCAAAUUAAUAUCAGCUGGUUCAGUCGUAAUAGAUGGCCUACAAAAAGGUCUCAUUGCCAAGGUGUGAGUCAAGACAUCUCAUGAUGGGUAAGAGCAAAGAGCUGUCUCAAGACCAUCGCAAAGUAAUUGUUGCAAAGCAUAACGAUGGCAUUGGUUACAGGCGCAUAGCUAAGCUUCUAAAUGUUCCAGUGAGCAUGGUUGGGGCCAUAAUUCAAAAGUGGAAAGCCAAACAUACCACCAUAAAUUUGCCUCGAUCGCUCCUCCUCCUCGCAGGAUUUGCAAAGAAUAAUCAGAAGAGUUGUCCAAGAGCCAAGGACCAACUGUGGGGAGCUCCAAAAAAGACCUAGAAUUAGCAGGUACUGCUAUGAUAAGUUAUCAAAAUUGACAUUGCUUUUAACUGGCAGUACAAAUUCACAUUUAGUUUUGUACCGAUUUACAAACAUAUGUAAGUAUGUACUUUUUUACUUUUACUUAAGUACAGGAGUUAAUGAAUACUUUUACUUGAGUAAUUUUUUACACAAUCGGUGCUUCUAAUUAAUUUCAAGAUUUGAGUACUUUUGCCACCACAGAUUAAUAGACAAAGAGUUUAGAUUAACGCUUAAAAGUACACAUUUGGCCUGUUGUCAAAGCAGAAAAUGUUUCUUCACUCCAGGAUUAUGGCCUGCAGUAAUUUUCCUGGCUGAUUUCCACGACAUAAGAGAACUGGAUAUGCCUGCCAAGCUCUAACUCAUUCUGUCAAUACUUCCUUUUAUAUCAAGAGAAUGAUUUUUACAGUGAGAAUCAGCAUCACAGGCCAUGUUUCAAUGAUGUUGUUCGCUUUGUGGAAUAUCAGGUCAAACUCUUGUCUGAUCCAAUUUUUGGAGAUAUUCAAACAUCAGAAAUGAGAACGCUGUGUCUGCAGUCAAAUCUAAGGUGAGGAGAGGGAACUUUGGCACAAACGUCUGCCCUGUUAACAAACAUCAACAAUGUAAAGAAACAUUGGAAAUCAAUCAAUCAAAGCAACAUCAGUUGUUUAUUCGGUGCACUGCGUGACUGUGAAUGUGAAAAGUUCUUAAAAAUCAAACAUUUUGGAAUAUAAAAUCAAAUUCUUACAGGAAAAGAGAGCUUGGUUUUAGGGAUGUAACGUUAUCUAAAGCUCACGGUUCGGUUUUAUCACUGUAUUAAUCUCAUGGGGUACGAUAAUAUUUAUGAUAUUGUGGGAAAGCGCAAGGUAUUGCAGGAAUGUUUACUAGAGAGAUGGGAGCAUACAGGAGAACCAAUAGACUGUUCUUUUUCUUGCUUCUCGAUUCGCUUGAGUAGUUUCUGUGUGAUUUCCCACACAUUUUCAGGAUAAAGACAUCUUCAAAUCAUUUAUUCCCGUGCAUUUCUAUCCCUGUCCAUCCAGUGUUGUAUUCGUAUCCUGUACCUCCAACAUGGCCGUGUAACUGCUCAAACUAUGACGUCAGUGCAUGGCCACCCCACCCAAUACGCCGAAUAGGUGAAUGCUAAGGGCGCCGUGGUUUCAGGAGGCGCCACAAAAGUCGAAACAAAUGUACCUUUAAUAGACUGUAAUUAUAUUAAAACUAGUUAAUGCUAUUAACUCUUACAAGGACGUAUGUGGUCUUCAUGGUCCAUAUUUCACCAACAACUUCUAUUUGUAUUGUCUAUGUAUUUUUUGCUCAAGAAAAUGUGAUGGGCACCUUUGCAAUGAUAUCCAUCAUUUUUGAAGGAUAACAGUUCAAUUAUCCAACCUUUGUAAAUGUAUACAUAAAAAUACAUACAAAUUGUAGCAGUGUAUGAAAAACACAAAAAGGUUCCACCAAACCAACCUCUUUUGAACUCAAACCUUUUGACUAAAAUUUUGCAAUAUAAAAAUAUUUCAACAGGAUGUAUUUACUUUCAAAACUACAGUGCUAAGGUGGCACAGCAUUUUCUCAUGCAAGUGCAUCAAUGUCAUUGAAGUGUAGUCAGUGCGCCCUCCAGUGGACAAGAUUACGAACAACAGUUACUUUUAUUGAAAAAUAGCAGUGAAUGUGUUCUCCAUCUCCACGGGCCGGCUCUGACCCCCUACAUACAUUUUCGCCACUGUAUUAGGGUGUCAUUAUUAAAAUGAUACAAACACGGCGGGUGCCACCUCCUUGCAAGCCUCAUCCAAAUGAUCUUCAAUGGAGAGGAAAACCUUUGGUCCAUAAAAUAUUUUGUUCUAAUAUUGUUCUAAUAUUUUCAGAGGUGUAUGUGGGCAUAAAUAAGAACGAAGAAAUUUUGGUGAAAAUCGCCCGGCGUUUUUGGACAUAAAGUGUUGUACCGUUUUUUGGCCCGGAGAUCGAUGCCUUCAUCAUCCAAUGUUAUGACACAGCAAGCCAAAGUUUGCGUCUGUCACAUACUGUCAAUUACAGAAACACUUUGUGAGCUGUAGAUACUCUACUGAGACAUCUGAGAGUCAUUUGUGGUGUAAUAUAUACAAAAUUGAGCUGACAAAAGACGUGUAUAAAUGCGGAAAUGAAUCUUCAAAGCACUUCCUCAUGGACUGGUCGACUUUGCCGUGUCGAUAAAAUAAUAAACAUUGGGCCGAUUGUUCUGAUAUUUUUAGAGGUGUCCGAUAAAUUACAUUACAUAAGCAAUUUUUCAAGACAGUGUAACUUGUUUUUCAAAGAAAAGUAGUUAUUCUUUUUUGGAGGGAUAGACACAGGAAACAUGGCAACCUGCGAGUAAGCUAAC